AAAAAAAAAAAUUCAACGCUUGAUAAAUAUUCAGGGAGCGUCCUCUAAAACAGCCCCAUGACGCAGAGCGCUCCCUACUCGUUACCAGUUUUCCGCGCAACCUUGGAAAGGCCAAUAUUGGCCAAUAUAGUGUACAUCUAGUAAAAUCUAUUUUAGUAUUUAAUCAACUUUUACAGGACAUCCUAUCUUGCUGGCUAUUUCGUAGAAAGCUUGAUAAGGAAACAAGAAGAGUUAAAUAUUGUUGAAAACGACGUGUUAUGCGUCAAAAUUGCCGGCCUUUGUCAUGACUUGGGGCAUGGACCGUUUUCCCAUAUGUUUGACAACCAUUUUAUUCCUAAAGUGAAACCUGGACUGAAGUGGUCGCAUGAGAAAGCCAGUGAAGAAAUGUUUGACGAUCUCAUUGAAUCGAAUGAAAAUGUUAAGAAAAUGUUUGAAGACUGCGAACUCGGUGACAAAGACAAAUGUUUUAUCAAGAAAUUAAUGACUGGUGAAAAACCAAAUUCUGAAAAGGAAUGGAAGGAAGUCGGAAGAGAAAAGAAUAAACCGCGUUUUCUUUUUGAGAUUGUCGCUAACAAGAUCAACGGUAUUGACGUCGACAAGUGGGAUUACUUUGCACGUGACUGUCGAUAUCUUGGCAUCAAGAGCUCCUUUGAUCACAUGCGAUGUAUACCGCUGGCAAGAGUGAUCAAAACUAAAGAAGAAGAUUUAGCAGAGAUUUGCUAUCGUGACAUCGCGGCGGGAAAUAUCUACGAUUUGUUCCACACAAGACUUAGUAUCCAUAAAAAGGCCUGUCAGCAUAAGACGGUAAACGCCAUCGAAAUGAUAGCUUUCCUUGAAUGGUGUAAACAUCGGGGAUAUGAGGUCGAGAACAAGUUGCAGGAGCCAAGAGAUCCAAGAACCGACCAAAACCCAAACGGUCAAGUCGAAGAAGAUGACGAUCUUCAUGAUCCUGAUGACCCUCCACCCGUCGCCUGCUAAUCUACGACCAGUUCCCAUCACCCUGCAUGCACUUAUUAUCUACCAAUAUGAAUUGUAAUUCUGGUUUUUGUAGUUUUGUAGUCUUUCACUGCUUUGAUUAUUUUAUCCACUUACAAGCUUCGUUCUAUUCUACCAAUAGCGGUCGACCUAAUAAUUGAUGCAUAAAGAAACUUUAUGAAUUUUAUGAUUUUGCACUUAGCUUUAAGCGAAAUUCAUCUGUAUACUGCUUUCUUAGCCGGAGCAGUUUUCGUGUGACUGUGAAAAGCUCGCGGCACGAACACGGUCGGGACACGGCAAGGCAUACGCCAAACCAAUCACACUGCGCGAGAACUUACACUCCAUCCAAUCAAAUACCCGGAACACAGCAUAAACAAGGCGCAGACACGGUCUUAGCCGAGGUCAAGGCACUGCCAGACUAAAUACCUUUUGCGCGAGUAAAAAUAAGCCCAUCAAAAUUUUAGAAAACAUCCCAAGUCAMAGUCGCGACAAGAUACGCAUACAUCUAUUUCAAAAAAACGUUGUCUGUUGGGGAUACGGCACCGAGCUUUUCACAGUCAUACCAAAACUGGUGUAAUCUUGACUUUGUGUUACUUCUGUGCACAAAGAUGAAAACUGCUACAGUCAUUAAUGCAAAGUGCACCUAAAAGUUGUUUAACCACAUUAUGCCCAAAGUAAAAGACUCGCUAAAUCUAGAAAUUGCUUAUUUGUUUGUUGAUUAUAUAGAAAAAAACUCGUAAGAAAUAAACGUUUGCUUGAACAAAGUGUUACCAUGCUCGGGAUGGGGUCCCAAAAGCAUCGAGAAAAUAGAAAAUUGGUAAAGGAA